AUGAUAAAAAUAGAACAUGUGGGCUGCAUCGGACAUUGGGGGACGUACUUUCUGAUCAGCCGUAGCCUCGGUCCAGAGCUGGGUGGGUCCAUUGGGCUUAUCUUUGCCUUUGCCAACGCUGUAGCUGUGGCCAUGCACACGGUGGGCUUUGCUGAGACGGUUUCAGACCUCAUGUAUGAAAAUGGAGCUGUCAUGGGGGACCGAACCAACGACAUCCGCAUUAUCGGCAUCAUUACAGUCACGUGUCUACUCGGCAUCUCAAUGGCUGGCAUGGCAUGGGAGUCAAAGGCACAGGUGCUGUUCUUCCUGGUUAUCAUGGUGUCAUUUGCCAGUUACAUUGUUGGGACGUUCAUUCCGGCUUCCCCACAGAAACAAGCCAAGGGUUUCUUCGGCUACCAAGCUGAUAUCUUUGCUACCAAUUUCGUGCCUGGCUGGCGGGGACCGGAGGGCAGUUUCUUUGGCAUGUUCUCCAUUUUCUUCCCCUCCGCCACGGGCAUCCUGGCAGGAGCUAACAUCUCCGGAGAUCUAAAGAAUCCAACAGUGGCAAUCCCCAAAGGAACGUUAAUGGCGAUAUUCUGGACCACCAUUUCUUACCUCAUCAUCUCUGCCACCAUUGUCGCGUCUGGUGUGAUCGAGCCCUUACAGAGGAAACACGCCUUGGAGGCGCACGCGGGGUAA